AUGGUCCCACUGCAGGAGUGCUUCAUGGUCCCACAGCAGGAAGGCUUCAUGGUCCCACUGCAGGAGUGCUUCAUGGUCCCACAGCAGGAGUGCUUCAUGGUCCCACUGCAGGAGUGCUUCAUGGUCCCACUGCAGGAGUGCUUCAUGGUCCCACAGCAGGAGUGCUUCAUGGUCCCACUGCAGGAGUGCUUCAUGGUCCCACUGCAGGAGUGUUUCAUGGUCCCACAGCAGGAGUGCUUCAUGGUCCCACAGCAGGAGUGCUUCAUGGUCCCACAGCAGGAGUGCUUCAUGGUCCCACAGCAGGAAUGCUUCAUGGUCCCACUGCAGGAGUGUUUCAUGGUCCCACAGCAGGAGUGCUUCAUGGUCCCACUGCAGGAGUGCUUCAUGGUCCCACUGCAGGAGUGCUUCAUGGUCCCACAGCAGGAGUGCUUCAUAGUCCCACUGCAGGAGUGCUUCAUGGUCCCACUGCAGGAGUGUUUCAUGGUCCCACUGCAGUAG